CGCCGCGGGCGGCACUUCCGGGUUGCCCAGCUGGAGGCGCGGGACCGGAGCCGGUGACAUGUGAGCGGGGAGCAGCCGGAGCUGAGAUGCAUUCCAGCCACGCGGAGGACGCCAAGGAUGUCAUCCAGCUGAUCAAGGGGCGGCUGGUGGAUUCCGUGAAGGCGCUGCAGAAGCAGUACGUGACCUCGGAUGCCGUCGUGACCAGYGACGAUGGGAACGCCAACACCCUCUGCAGCGCCCUGGAGGCCGUCUUCGUGCACGGGCUGAAGGCAAAGCACAUAAAGGCAGAGGCCGCGGGGAAAGGGAGGAAGGCAGGAGGCCGGGAGCCCCUUCCCCAGCCCGUCUUCUGGGGGCUGCUGAAGAGCAUCACGCACCGCAACGUCGUUUCAGAGCUGGAGCAGCUGCUUUUCAUCAACACGGACGUUGGCCGCUGCCGGGCCUGGCUGCGGCUGGCUCUCAACGACGGCCUCGUGGAGUGUUACCUGAAGCUGCUGCUGCGGGAGCGGGCCCGGCUGCCUGAGUAUUACCAGUCGACCGCGCUGCUCUUGGAUGCCGAGGAGUGCGAGUUCAUCCUUAGCUACCUGCAGGGCUUAACGUCCUUGACCUUUGAGCUGUCUUAUAAGUCAGCGGUUUUGAACGAGUGGACUAUCACCCCGCUGUCGCUGUCCGGCCUGUGCCCCGUUUCGGAGCUGCUCGAGCCGCUGACGUCCUCGGCACCCGCGCCCCGGCGGAAGGCGUCGCUGGGUUCGAUCUCGCAGUCCUCAGGCUCCGACGAGAUCGAAAUCCAGCCGCCCGGCCAGCCCGCGGGCGAGAGCGGCRCCAAAACCAAGCUCACGUCGUCCUCGCUGAGCCUCGCCACAACGAGCUCCUCGCAGCUCUCCUGCAGCCUGGGCUCCGACGGGAUCCCGCAGCCGCCCUGCUCCGGGAGCCCUGCCCGGAGCCGGGAGCCGCUUCCCGGYGGCGCCUCCCCGGGCACGGCCGCUGCCCAGGACUUGGACAGAUCGCUGCAAGACGAGAAGGAACCAAUUAAUAGAUAUAUUUUUGGACCUGAAGCCACRCCAGUUCUUUGCAGUCAGAAGAGAAAGAGCUGGAUCUCGGAAGAGGAUAUCCACAGGCCCUCGCCGGGAGAGGGCACGACGCACCUCAACGGCUUCGCGCUGCCCGGGGAAGCAGCGGCCGCCAGCACGGGGCUCAUCAGCGCCCUGCACUUGGAGCGGCCGGCGCUGCCCUCCGCGGAGGCCGGGCGCCUGGCGCUGCCGCGCGCAGCGGGGCCCAAGGGCUUCAGYGUGGUGCACCGGCGGCAGACGGGUCUUUCCAACCCCUUCCGAGGGCUCCUCAAGCUGGGCAGCCUGGAGCGCAGAGGAGCCAUGGGCAUAUGGAAGGAGUUCUCCUGCGAGCUGUCGCCGCUGGAGCUGCGGCUCUUCCUGGACCACGAGGACCGGAUCUGCGUGGAGAGCUACUCCCUGCUGCGGUGCGAGUCGCUGGCCCUGACGCACUCCGACGGCCGCUUCGAGCUGGUGUUCCUGGGGARAAGGCUCUACCUGCGAGCGCCUUCCCGAGACGAGGCCGAGGACUGGUUGGACAGGAUCCGUGAGGCGUUGCACAAGUGCCGGCCGCAGCUGGAGGAGGAGGAGUGGGAAACGCUAGAGUAUCCAGCAGACGGCGGCGAAGGCCAGCCUGGAGCCAGCGACUCAGCCUCUCUCCUCCACCACGACGUGCCUGGAAACAGCCUGGACUGGACCUCAGCUCAUGAACCAGAACUCGAUGCAAUAAAAGAAUCUGUUCUUUAUGUGGAUGUAGAUAGAACGUGGGCCCCUUUUAUUUUUUCCCUGUCAUUAGAAACUUUGAAGUGCUUUAAAGUGAGGAACAAGGAGAAAAUUUUAAGUAACAGUUAUGGUAUAGAGACAAUCCAGGAUAUCCUUCCAGACACGAGCCUUGGGGGACCUGCCUUUUUCAAGGUCAUAACCUCCAAAGCCGUCCUGAAGCUGCAAGCCCAGAACGCGGAAGAGGCGGCGGCGUGGAGGAGGCUGGUCCGGACCGUGCUCAUGUCCUACCUGGAGACCGCGGARGAGGCGCUGACCCUAGCGGGCAGCUUGGAUGGCAACUCUCAGAUCCUCCUGAAAAACAUCGUGAAGGAAAACGGCUUCUUGUUGCAGUACCUGGUGGCCAUCCCCGUGGAGAAGGGCCUGGACUCGCAGAGCUUCAUCUGUGCAGGCUGCUCCAGGCAGAUCGGCUUCUCCUUCGCGAAGCCCAAGCUCUGCGCGUUCUCCGGCCUCUACUACUGCGACAGCUGCCACCAGGACGAGGAGACGGUGAUUCCGUCACGCCUCAUCCACAACUGGGAUCUGGUGAAGCGAGGGGUUUGCCGGCAGGCUCUGCAGUUCCUGACCCAGAUCCGUAACCAGCCGCUCAUCAACCUGAAGCUGGUGAACGAGAGCCUCUACGAGCACGUGGAGAGGAUGAGGCGAAUCUGCCGGAGCAGGGAGCAGCUGAAGCUGCUCGGGGAUUAUCUCGUCAUGUGUCGCAGCGGGGCCCUGAAGGAGCUCAGCAAGCGGCUUGACCACAGGAACUACCUCUUGGAGUGUCCCCACAAAUACAGCGUCAGUGAUUUAAGGCAGAUAGCCGAGGGYGUGUUUGAGACGUUCCUGCAGUCUUCGAUCCAGUUUGCUUCCCAUCACGUCUACAACUGCGACCUGUGCACCCAGAGAGGCUUUAUCUGCCAGAUCUGUAACCGCAGCGCCAUCAUUUUUCCCUUCGAGUUUGACACGACCAUCAGGUGCAGCCGGUGCAAAACCGUCUUCCACCGGGAGUGCCAGGCCAGCGCCAAGUCCUGCCCGCGCUGCGAGCGCCGGCAGCGCUACCAGCGGAAACUGGAGGCCGACGUCGGCGGGGAGCCGCAUCUCUAGCRCCCGGGAGCCACUGGAGCGCCACGCUGUGCUUCCCUGCAAGGAGGAGCGCGAGGAUGGCG